CACCACAUCCACAUGAGUACAUCAGAAAAUACCGGAAAAUUAUUUUUCGGAUCGAGAUAAGCCCAAUCCAAAAUUCUAGAAUAGAAAAAGAAAAAACACAAGUUUGAAAUCACACUGCUCUCAACUGUAAUAAUUCCUCACAAACACAAAGAAGAGGAUCCAUAUUAGGCAGAAGAAGAAUGCCGAAGGACAAGACAAUCGGCGUCGCCAUUGAUUUCUCCAAGAGCAGCAAAUCCGCGUUGCGGUGGUCGAUCGAUCAUUUGGCCGAUAAAGGCGAUACAUUUUACAUUCUCCACGUCAAAUCUUACUCCGCCGACGACUCGCAGAGCCAACUCUGGGCACAAUCCGGUUCUCCUCUGAUGCCAUUGGCCGAAUUUCGGCAGCCGGAGAGGAUGAAGAAGUACAACGUCACCAUUGAUAUUGAAGUUCUCGACAUGCUCGACACCGCCGUCAGGCAGAAAGAGAUAAAUGUGGUGGUAAAGUUGUAUUGGGGAGAUGCUCGAGAGAAGCUUUGCGAAGCUUGCGAGGAAUUGAAAUUGGAUUCUUUGGUUAUGGGUAGUAGGGGCCUCACUCUCAUCCAAAGGAUCAUUGUGGGGAGCGUGAGCAAUUAUGUGAUGACACAUGCAAAUUGUGCAGUUACCAUUGUGAAGGAUCUACGAAUUUAGAACUCGACCAAAAUUUAUUUAGUGAGAGAUAAUGUGAAUCAUUAAUAGGUGGCAAAUUUACAUUAAUUGUUGAGUCAUUGGUACUCCCAAGUUAUGUUUGAUAAUAAACCUCGAUUAUUAUAUCGAAUUUGAUUCAUGAAUUCUAUUGCUUGAAAAA